AUGGAUCCGAGCAGUCAAGUUAGUGUUAAUACCGCGACAACAACAACUCCGCCCAACGCCUCAACGUCCACAACAGUUGUCGUGCCCGCCAGUACGUUAGCCACGAGCGCGGCCACAACCGCGUGCGCGUUAACAACAGCGACUACAACCAUCUCCAGCACCAGCAAUGCCAGCGCGCCCGCCACUGUUGUAACUUCCGGCUUAGCCGUCGGCAAUCAGAGCGUCACGGUUUUACCGCCAAUCGGCUCGGCGGCCGCUGUGGGUGGCACCCAUAGCCUGACGACGGCUUGCAGCCAGCCCACACAGCCGCAGCAGCCAGUGCCUAUUAUCGAUCUCGUGCGUGGUGACGAUGCUAAUAAUUCGUCGAUACCCAGCGUUAUUUCGGAAGGACAACGUUCACUCUCUGCCGCGCCAUCCGCUUCAUCGAGUCCGAUACUGAGUCCGCCUGGCAAAAUAUUCGGUCGCAAUGCAAAUGGAACAAUGGUCGCCACAUCUCGCCCCAAUAAUGAAGCGGAAACACAGCUUUAUCGCGUACUGCAACGAGCCAGUCUGCUCGUCUACUACGACACACUGCUGGAAAUGGGCGGCGAUGAUGUACAGCAACUAUACGAAGCGGGCGAAGAAGAGUUCCUCGAAAUCAUGGCUUUAGUAGGUAUGGCGUCGAAGCCUUUGCAUGUACGUCGACUACAGAAAGCAUUACAUGAGUGGGCAAAUAACCCAUCGUUGUUUCAGGGUCUCAUAACAUCCAAUUCUAGCACACCGGGACUCUUUGACACACCCACCAAAUCCACUACGUUACAUAUGAAACACGACGUCUCACCUUCGUUUACACGUACCGCUUUUCCCACCUACAAUCCCACACCAUCCGCCUUUAAUCCCACACCACUCGCUGCCACUUCCUCCCAUUUGAUUUCACAAAUCUGCCAACCUGUUAUCCCAAUGCCUGUCAUACAACCACAUACCCCACUACCGCUUCCCGCAGCCACUCUCCCUGCUGCCGCUACACCAGUUGUACCACCCACAUUAGGCGCCUCAACAGGUGGCAACACCACUGCUGGUACCACACAUCAAGUCUCGUCCAGUUCGCCGCAACUCACACCCGUACUCACAGAAAUGCAAGUGGCGCGCAUAACACAAGGUGCUGAGAAAAUCGCGCGACAAUUGCCACAACGCGAACCACGUGCACACACUUCGAAGAAACGUACUAGCCGCGAGCUCGAACAGGUCAUUGCCAUGCAAGAGAAUGAUCCACGUCGCAUGGACGAAAUUCGCAAGUACUCAGCUAUUUAUGGGCGCUUCGAUUGUAAGCGUCGUCCGGAGAAACCGCUCACGCUGCACGAAGUCUGUGUAAAUGAGGCGGCGGCGCAACUGUGUCGUUUAGUGCCAGCUCUAUUGACACGUCGCGACGAGCUCUUUCCAUUGGCGCGUCAAAUCGUCAAAGAUGCGGGUUUCGGUCACUCGGCGAGCAUAGCGCGAUAUGGCGCUCUUUUGCCGCAGGUAAUGCAAGCACAGCAGGCCAUGACACGUUCCGCCGCCGUCCUGGAUUGUGAGUCGAGUGAUUCGACGGCUUCGGCGUCGAGUAAGCGUACACGUUUGGCCUCAACUGAGACAACGAACGCCAUAACGCCAACCGAUUUGGGGCUGAGUCGGGAAUCAACUGAGGAUUCGCGUUAUAAUCUCUUCGCUAUGUAUCAGAAAUUUGCUAAGCCACCAUUCGACCUAACGGACAUCAGCAAAUUCAAUCUCAGUAAGAGCGAAUAUGAUGACAACGAUAAUGACUCACGGCUCUCCUUCAGCAAUUCCAGCUCACCUUCGAUGCCAGCCAGUUCUCUCGAUAAUGAGCGCGACUUGCCCGAGGCGAUUAAAUUCAAGAGUUUAACCUCCUUUGCGCCCAAUGUGAUUUCCAGCACAGCUGUACACAGUGGCCAAGAGCUGUUGGACACUGCAAGUCACAAUAAAUCUUCCCCGAAUCACCAGCAGCGCAAUCAAUUGAAAAUCAUGAGCUGUCCCACAACCGAUGCAGCUGUUGGUAUGCUAAGCAGUUCACCGCUUGGUGGGGUGCAAGUCAUUUCAGCGGCCGGUGGACAUAUCAUUGCGGUGGCAAAUCCCGCUCUGGCGUUGAGUCCAACGCUUAAUGAGGCGCUGAGUCUGAAGAGAGAGGCGAACACCCCAGAAAUGUAAAUAUUAUAUAAAGGAAAAGGAGCUGUUAGCAAGCGAGAACGAGAUAGAGAUAGAGAGUGGAAAAAAUGAAGUGUAUUUUUCGCUUGAAAUGGUUAUCUAGAUGUAAUUAGUUGUUAUGAAAUGAAUGAAAAAAACACACAAACCAGAAUGAAAAACUACUAUUAUGAAAUCGUGCAAUUCUUUUAGAUUUAGUAAUUUAUA